ACAACACUCGAGAUGUCUUAUCAUUCGGCGAAAUGCUUAAAACAGACGUCGGUGUUACAGUUUCUAUUUGGCUGAAGUGCUGUCGACAGCCAUGCUCCGUUGCUACUUAGCAUUCCUAGGUGUCCUAACUGUCACAGCAGUUAGCGACACGAACUAUAGACUCAACUCCCCCGUCAAGCCUUCCUCAUACAUCAUAGCCAUUACUCCGUACUUCGAUACCAAUGAUGAAAGAGCCUUCACCUUUGACGGUGAAGUCAGCAUAAUGGUAUCAACAGACACAAAUACUAAACAAAUCAAACUACAUUCAGAAGAUCUUAUAUUUACUGCUGAUAAUAUUACAGUUACUAGUGGACAAUUUGUUUUGCCAUUAGAUGAAACUAACCCUUUAGAGUUUGAUACUAACUACACUUUUGCAUAUAUAAACAUGCAAAAUGAGCUGCAAGCUGGAGUAGAUUACAAGCUGAAGAUUGUAUAUACGGGACCAAUAAGAACAGAUCUGAACGGGUUUUACAGAAACUAUUACAUCGAGAAUGGAGUUAAAAAAUGGCUAGGAGCAACACAAAUGGAGCCAACACACGCAAGGAAGGUGUUCCCGUGUUUUGACGAGCCGGAAUAUAAAGCUAUCUUCACACUAGUGAUCGACCGGCCUGAUUCUUACAAGCCUACGGUGGCCAACACGCAUUUGGCAGAUACGGUGCCGUUAGCCAACGGCUACACAAGAGAAAUCUUCCACCCAUCACCAAAAAUGUCCUCCUACUUGGUAGCAUUCCUGGUUUCCGAAUUCGAGGGGCGAUUAACAAAUGACACACAAUUUGGUGUCUACGCGAGACCAGACGCCAUGAACCAAACCGACUACGCCUUUGACUUCGGCCUGAGAGUAGUCAAUGCUUUGAGUGACUACUUCGGCAUUGACUACUAUUCUACGAACGCAUAUUUGAAGUUGGAUCACGUGGGUUUGCCGGAUUUCAGAGCUGGUGCUAUGGAGAAUUGGGGGUUGGUUAAGUACCGCGAAUCCCUCCUCCUAUACGUGCCCGAAGAAUCAACACCGUACUUCAAAUACCGAGUGGCACAAAUCAUGGCUCACGAGACCACACACAUGUGGUUCGGGGACCUGGUCACCUGCCACUGGUGGAGCAACACUUGGCUCAACGAGGGCUUCGCUGAUUACUUCCAGGAUUACAUCACUGCACUUAUCGAACCAGACGUAGGAUCAGCUGACCAGCUGGUCACCGGCUCAGUGUACGACGGCUACACCGCCGACGAGUCUCCAACCUCCCCCGCCAUCACCAACAACAACGUCAACUCGCCCGCGGAGAUCAGCCUCCAUUUUGGAAAGAUAACCUAUCAGAAGGCUGGCUCUAUCAUUAGGAUGGUGCACCAUUUGGUUGGGGAUGACGCGUUUAAAUUGGGGCUACAGAGUUAUUUGAAGGCUAACCAAUUUGAGGUUGGCUAUCCAGAAAACCUUUACACCGCUCUACACCAAGAAGUCAUCAACGCUAAUGCUUUUGCGGAUUACCCUGGAUUUAAUAUCGUGGAUGUAAUGGGACAAUGGAUAGCAAAGGCUGGUCAUCCUAUCCUGACUGUCAACAUUGACUAUGAAAAUGAAACAGCAACGUUAACCCAGAAACGUUUCUACAUAGACUCAUCACACCAAUCGAACGAAACCUACCCCAUCCCCAUCACAUACACCACAGAGCUCGUCAACGAUUUCACCAACACCAAACCAGCUUUCAUUAUGAACGAGGAAUCGCAGGAAUUAAAUCUGACCGGAAUUAGUGAAUCCCAUCCUUGGAUCAUCUUCAAUAUACAAGAAACUGGUUUUUAUAGAGUCAAUUACGAUGAACAUUCGUGGCAACUGAUUGCAAAUGCUUUAAAAGGAAACGCAAGAGAACAGAUUCAUCAUCUUAAUCGAGCCAAGAUCGUGAAUGAUUUAUUCGCCUUUGUUUAUGCCGAUGAAGUGAAGUUUGACCGGCUGUUCCAAGUAUUGGAGUUUUUGUCUGAUGAAACUGACUAUUCAGUAUGGUAUGCUGCUAUACAAGGCUUGAACAAAUUGAGGGCAUCUUACUUGGGAUCAGAUGCUCAAGCAGAUAUUGAGAAAUAUGCGCUCAAACUCCUAGAUGGGAUCAUCAACAAUCUGGGUUAUGACGUCAGAACCACAGACAGCUUCGUCACACUUAGGAACCGCAUGCAAGUCUUGGAGUUCGCAUGCAAGUUAGGUCAUCAAGGUUGCAUUGAUAAAUCUGUGGAACUCUUCGAGAAUUUCAAGGAAACUGGCGUUGAAGUUCCGCCCAGCUUGCGACCAGUGACAUACUGCAACGGACUACGUCACGGCGACGGCGACGAUUACGAUUUCCUGUACCAACGCAUGAAGACCACGAACGUGGCUAAUGAGGCCUGGGUUAUUGGAGACGCUCUGGGAUGCUCCAAUGAUGAGGAUAAGCUGAGGAGCUAUCUAGUAUCAAUGUUGGAAGAAAACAGCCCGAUCAGAACGCAGGAUCUAGCAACGCCGUUGGCCAGCAUUUUAGGCAACUACGAACAUGUCCACGUUGUUCUAGAAGAAUUGAAACAGAACUAUACUCUCUGGACCACCAUAUAUCCUUCAAUGGACACCAUUCUUGGAACAGUUGCUUCCGCCCUCCAUACAGAAGCAGAAUUUAUAGAGUUCGAAACGUGGCUAUCAGGCUGCCAGUGCGGCGCACAAGCGCUAACCAGCGCAAAAACCGCCCUAGACCAGGCCAGGGCGGCCACAAAAUGGGCCGACAACCACAAGCAGGAUAUAAUGGGUAGUCUGAGAAACCACGCUUUAGUGGUUACCCCAUCUUUGUAUAUUGUCUUCGGUGUUGCGACUGCUAUGAUUUGUAGAUAUUAAAUAUAUUUAUAGG